GCAUACAACUGCUAUGUUGAGGCUCUUCAUAUACAACCAACUUUUGCUAUUGCCUGGUCCAAUCUUGCUGGCCUUUUCAUGGAGGCAGGUGAUCUUAAUAGGGCUCUGCAAUAUUACAAGGAAGCAGUUAAGCUAAAACCAACAUUUUCAGAUGCCUAUUUGAACCUGGGUAACGUUUACAAGGCUUUGGGAAUGCCUCAAGAGGCUAUUCUGUGUUAUCAGCGUGCUCUUCAGGCCCGUCCAGACUAUGCAAUGGCAUUUGGCAAUUUGGCUAGCAUAUUCUAUGAGCAAGGGAACCUGGAUAUGGCAAUACUUCAUUACAAGCAAGCCAUAACUUGUGACACUGGAUUCUUGGAGGCAUAUAAUAAUUUGGGUAAUGCUCUAAAAGAUGCUGCCAGGGUUGAGGAAGCCAUCCAUUGCUACCGUCAAUGCCUUUCUUUGCAACCUAACCAUCCCCAAGCGCUCACUAAUCUUGGAAAUAUAUACAUGGAAUGGAACAUGAUGAGUGCCGCUGCACAGUGUUACAAGGCAACGAUAGCUGUAACUACAGGGCUGUCCGCUCCUUUUAACAAUUUGGCAAUAAUAUACAAACAGCAGGGAAAUUAUGCUGAUGCUAUAUCUUGCUACAAUGAAGUCCUCAAAAUUGAUCCUCUGGCUGCCGAUGGGCUUGUCAAUCGGGGAAACACUUACAAGGAGAGUGGAAGAGUAAAUGAAGCAAUUCAAGACUAUUUACAAGCUAUUGCUAUCCGGCCAACCAUGGCUGAAGCUCAUGCAAAUCUGGCUUCAGCGUACAAGGACAGGUUUGUAACAACACUUAUUUGGAGGGUGAGGCAUACCUUUGUCGGAUCAUCUAUCUGUACUAGAGCUUAA